CUCGCCGCCGCGCCAUUUUGCCGGGGUUUGAAUGUGAGGCGGAGCAGCGGCGGGAGUGAGCAGUGCUGGCAGCAGUCCGCGGCUGGGAUUUCCUCCUCCGAACCCGGAUCCCCACGAGAUUCCAUAGCAAUGGAGCUCAGUGAUGCAAAUUUGCAAACGCUAACAGAAUAUUUAAAGAAAACUCUUGACCCCGACCCUACCAUCAGACGUCCAGCGGAGAAAUUUCUUGAAUCUGUAGAAGGAAAUCAGAAUUACCCACUGUUGCUUUUAACAUUACUGGAGAAGUCCCAGGAUAAUGUCAUCAAAGUGUGUGCCUCAGUAACGUUCAAGAACUAUAUUAAAAGGAACUGGAGAAUUGUUGAAGAUGAACCAAGCAAGAUCUGUGAAGCCGACCGAGUGGCCAUCAAGGCCAACAUUGUGCACCUGAUGCUUAGCAGCCCGGAGCAGAUCCAGAAGCAGCUAAGUGAUGCUAUCAGCAUUAUUGGGCGAGAAGAUUUCCCUCAGAAGUGGCCAGAUUUGUUGACAGAAAUGGUGAACCGCUUUCAGAGUGGAGAUUUCCACGUUAUUAAUGGAGUCCUUCGUACAGCACAUUCGUUAUUUAAAAGAUAUCGCCAUGAAUUUAAGUCAAAUGAGUUAUGGACUGAAAUUAAACUGGUUCUAGACGCCUUUGCUUUACCUCUGACUAAUCUCUUUAAGGCCACCAUCGAGCUGUGCAGCACCCACGCCAACGACGCCUCCGCGCUGAGGAUUCUUUUUUCUUCCUUAAUUCUGAUCUCAAAGUUGUUCUAUAGUUUAAACUUUCAGGAUCUCCCAGAAUUUUUUGAAGAUAACAUGGAAACUUGGAUGAACAAUUUCCAUACCCUCUUGACACUGGAUAAUAAACUUCUACAAACUGAUGAUGAAGAGGAAGCAGGCUUGUUGGAACUGCUGAAAUCACAGAUUUGUGAUAACGCUGCCCUCUAUGCUCAGAAGUACGACGAGGAGUUUCAGCGGUACCUGCCUCGCUUUGUCACGGCCAUCUGGAAUUUGCUAGUUACAACUGGCCAGGAGGUUAAAUAUGAUUUGUUGGUAAGUAAUGCGAUUCAGUUUCUGGCCUCGGUUUGUGAGAGACCUCAUUAUAAGAAUCUCUUUGAGGACCAGAACACGCUGACGAGCAUCUGCGAGAAGGUCAUUGUGCCAAACAUGGAGUUUAGAGCUGCUGACGAAGAGGCAUUUGAAGACAAUUCUGAGGAGUAUAUAAGAAGAGAUUUGGAAGGAUCAGAUAUUGAUACCAGACGCAGGGCUGCCUGUGACCUCGUGCGAGGGUUAUGCAAGUUUUUUGAGGGACCCGUGACGGGAAUCUUCUCUGGUUAUGUUAAUUCUAUGCUUCAGGAAUAUGCCAAGAAUCCGUCUGUCAACUGGAAGCACAAAGACGCAGCCAUUUACCUCGUGACGUCCUUGGCGUCGAAGGCCCAGACACAGAAGCAUGGAAUUACACAGGCAAAUGAACUUGUAAACUUGACUGAGUUCUUUGUAAAUCACAUCCUACCUGAUUUAAAGUCAGCCAAUGUGAAUGAGUUUCCUGUCCUGAAAGCUGAUGGCAUCAAGUACCUGAUGAUCUUCAGGAACCAGGUGCCAAAAGAACAUCUUUUAGUCUCUAUUCCUCUCUUGAUUAAUCAUCUUCAGGCUGAAAGUAUUGUUGUUCACACGUACGCAGCGCAUGCUCUGGAGCGGCUCUUCACCAUGCGAGGGCCCAGCAGUGCCACUCUUUUUACAGCUGCAGAAAUCGCACCGUUUGUUGAAAUUCUGCUAACAAACCUUUUCAAAGCUCUCACACUUCCUGGCUCUUCAGAGAAUGAAUAUAUUAUGAAAGCUAUCAUGAGAAGUUUCUCCCUCCUCCAGGAAGCCAUAAUCCCCUACAUCCCCACUCUGAUCACUCAGCUCACACAGAAGCUCUUAGCUGUUAGCAAGAAUCCAAGCAAACCUCACUUUAACCACUACAUGUUUGAGGCGAUCUGCUUAUCCAUAAGGGUCACUUGCAAGGCCAACCCCGCGGCUGUGGUGAGCUUCGAGGAAGCCUUGUUCCUGGUGUUCACCGAGAUCCUACAGAAUGACGUGCAGGAGUUCAUUCCAUACGUCUUUCAAGUGAUGUCUUUGCUUCUGGAAACGCACAAAAAUGACAUCCCAUCCUCCUACAUGGCCUUGUUCCCCCACCUGCUGCAGCCCGUGCUGUGGGAGAGGGCAGGGAACAUCCCCGCGCUGGUGCGGCUGCUGCAGGCCUUCCUGGAACGCGGCUCAAACACGAUCGCUAGCGCGGCUGCCGACAAAAUCCCUGGGUUGCUCGGCGUCUUCCAGAAGCUGAUUGCGUCCAAGGCCAACGACCACCAAGGCUUCUAUCUGCUCAACAGCAUCAUUGAGCACAUGCCUCCGGAAUCAGUCGACCAGUAUAGGAGACAGAUCUUCAUUCUGCUGUUCCAAAGACUUCAGAAUUCCAAAACGACAAAAUUUAUCAAGAGUUUCUUAGUGUUUAUUAAUUUGUACUGCAUAAAAUACGGAGCACUGGCACUGCAAGAAAUAUUUGAUGGCAUACAACCAAAAAUGUUUGGGAUGGUUUUGGAAAAAAUCAUUAUUCCUGAAAUCCAGAAAGUGUCUGGGAACGUUGAGAAAAAGAUCUGUGCAGUUGGUAUCACCAAGUUACUGACGGAGUGUCCCGCAAUGAUGGACACGGAGUAUACCAAGCUGUGGACUCCUCUCCUUCAGUCUCUGAUUGGCCUUUUUGAGUUGCCUGAAGAUGACACCAUCCCUGACGAAGAGCAUUUUAUUGAUAUUGAAGACACGCCAGGGUACCAGACAGCCUUCUCACAGCUGGCAUUUGCUGGGAAGAAGGAGCACGACCCGGUGGGGCAAAUGGUGAACAACCCCAAAAUCCACCUGGCACAGUCACUGCACAAACUGUCCACUGCCUGUCCAGGACGGGUGCCCUCGAUGGUGAGCAGCAGCCUCAACGCUGAAGCGCUCCAGUACCUCCAGGGCUACCUGCAGGCCGCUAGCGUGACGCUGCUCUGAGCACCAGCUCAGCCCAGGACGGUUUCUUCAGAAAUCAUGCGGCUUUGAGCAUAGCUGUGUUCAAUCAAGUUUCCCUCUUGAACUUGUCCCAAAGUCCAUCUUGUAAAGGAUAGUAAAUGUUGCUUUCAGCUGAACCCUGAACACAUCAGGUGGCUUGUGUGAUCACAAAUAGGAAACCGGACAUUCCUAGUUUGCAGCUUCCAGACAAGCACUAAUUCCAUGUGUGACAGCGGUCAUUGCUGACAAACACCUUCUGUGAAGACCUACUAAAGCCUUCUGUUUUGAA